CCCGGAGGCGGUUCCCGGGUUGCGGUGAGGGAAGUGGGUCGGGAGGAGAGAUGGGCGGUGAAGAGGCCCGGCUCUGCCGGGGAGGCGGGCGGAUCCGUGGCGGUGAUCAGAAGGGGCCGGAAGGGGGUGGCCGCUGGUCGGGCCCCGCCCUGGGGCCGCCUCCCCGCGGGUUCCGUUGGCUGUGGCGGCAGCUGACGCUUGUGGCGGCGGUGGCUCGGGGUGGGCGUAAGAUGGCGACAGCAGCGCAGGGACCCCUAAGCUUGCUGUGGGGCUGGCUGUGGAGCGAGCGCUUCUGGCUACCCCAGAACGUGAGCUGGGCUGAUCUGGAGGGUCCGGCCGACGGCUACGGCUACCCGCGCGGCCGGCACAUCCUCUCGGUGUUCCCGCUGGCGGCGGGCAUCUUCUUCGUGAGGCUGCUCUUCGAGAGGUUUAUUGCCAAACCCUGUGCACUCCAUAUUGGCAUCGAGGACAGUGGUCCUUAUCAGGCCCAACCCAAUGCCAUCCUUGAAAAGGUGUUCGUAUCUAUCACCAAGUAUCCUGAUAAGAAAAGGCUGGAGGGCCUGUCCAAGCAGCUGGAUUGGAAUGUCCAAAAAAUCCAAUGCUGGUUUCGCCAUAGGAGGAAUCAGGACAAGCCCCCAACGCUCACUAAAUUCUGUGAAAGCAUGUGGAGAUUCACAUUUUAUUUAUGUAUAUUCUGCUAUGGAAUUAGAUUUCUCUGGUCGUCACCUUGGUUCUGGGACAUCCGACAGUGCUGGCAUAACUAUCCAUUUCAGCCUCUUUCAAGUGGGCUUUAUUACUAUUAUAUCAUGGAAUUGGCCUUCUAUUGGUCCCUUAUGUUUUCUCAGUUUACAGACAUUAAAAGAAAGGACUUCCUGAUCAUGUUUGUGCAUCACUUGGUCACCAUUGGGCUUAUCUCCUUCUCCUACAUCAACAACAUGGUUCGAGCAGGAACUCUGAUCAUGUGCCUACAUGAUGUCUCAGACUUCUUGCUGGAGGCAGCCAAGCUGGCCAAUUAUGCCAAGUAUCAGCGGCUCUGUGACACCCUUUUUGUUAUCUUCAGUGCUGUUUUUAUGGUUACACGUCUAGGAAUCUAUCCAUUCUGGAUUCUGAACACGACCCUCUUUGAGAGUUGGGAGAUAAUCGGGCCUUAUGCUUCAUGGUGGCUCCUCAAUGGCCUGCUGCUGACCCUACAGGUUCUGCAUGUCAUCUGGUCCUACCUAAUUGCACGGAUUGCUUUGAAAGCCUUGAUCAGGGGAAAGGUAUCUAAGGAUGAUCGCAGUGAUGUGGAGAGCAGCUCAGAGGAAGAAGAUGUGACCACCUGCACAAAAAGUCCCUGUGACAGUAGCUCCAGCAAUGGUGCCAAUCGGGUGAAUGGUCAUAUGGGAGGCAGCUACUGGGCUGAAGAGUAAGGUGGUUGCCAUGGGGACUUCAGUACACAUGGACUUGUAGGGUCGCUGGCAACAUACUCCUCUUGGCCCUUCCCAUAUCUACUCUUCUGUGACUAGGGGACUGCAAGGCACUGAGGAGUAUCAAAGAAGCAAGUAUUUUCACUUUGAAAGAAAACGCUGCCAUUUUGUAUUUAAUAGCCUCCAAGUUCUUUCAGUAAUGUUAUUUGCUCUGUGUGUUUUUGUGUGUUCGUUCAUGUGCAUUUGUGCAUAUGCGUGAGUUUCAUUGCUGGGGUUGGGGCACAAUUCUGGACUGGAGCCAUGAGGCCUUCCCUAGUCCCCCCUUUGAACCCGCCUUAGUUCCACAUUUGGCUGCAUCUUGAAUUAUACUGACUCCAGACUGUCUCCUCCCUUUUUGCCCUUGGCUCUUGAGGCUCUAAACCCCUGGACCAUCUGAAUGGAGCAGCCAAGUUCAGUCCCAGAUUUCUGCACUGUUCCUCUUUCACAGCUAGAGUACGUUGCAUGAUGAAGUUGUAUAGAAACAGAACCAUGGAUGGAUGGCCAGGAUUACCGUGGUCCCUAGCUAGAUCCCCUUCCUAUCACCUGAUAGCAACAGGGACAGCUGCCAAUACCCUACUCUUUACUCAAUGGUACCCAGGGAGGGGGCAUGGGAAGAGGGUGAGCUGAGGGCUGGAGGAGGACAACAGCCACUGGGUGAGCUGUUCACGGUCUUGUACUAUUGUUUACUCUGUGAUUAAAAGUACUUCAAUCCA